AUGACGAUCCCCCCUUCCCUUACGUUUCCAACUGAGACUGCGGAAGCUCCCACUACUGAGAGUGCUUCGGAGCCUACGAUUACUUCUAUCUCUACAAGUAUCUUGGAGCCUUCCAGCACAUCGGAGUCAAGUAGCACGUCGGAGCCAAGCAGCACGUCGGAGCCUUCCAGCACGGAGCCGACCAUUACAGCUGCCUCAAGCACCAAUAUUGUGACUUCGUCGUCUAGCCCAGGAGAUGCAUCAAAUACUGCGUCUGAAUCAUCUGAACCGUCUCAAUCAUCCGACUCCCCAUCGGCGACGGAAUCAUCCACAGAUAACGCGACUCUCGCGGCAGCAACACCAGAAACUGCCUCCGGUAUUGCCGGCUCAUUGUCGGCGAGCUGGGAUUCAUGGAUGGCGUUGGCUAUUAUGGCGCCUUUCAUUUUGUGA